UGAAACGUGUUCUCAAUUCUGAACACACGAUCCUAGGCAUGUUUACUCUGAACACUGAGGGAAUCACAGCCUUGGAACUGUGAUUUGAAAAAAGUGCUGGCCUGACACGUUUCAAAGGCAGAAGUGGACCUUCCCAGGCAAGAACCUGCAUUGCCAUUCAGAAAGUGACAUGUUGGCUGACUGGGAGAGGUAGAGAGCUGAAAAUACAGACUUAACCGGAGGAGAAUGUCCUGGAGGUGAAAUUUAACUGUGGGUUGGAGAACUGGAAGACAGAAGCAAAUGUAUCUGCAAAGGAGAGGGCAGCAACAGCCCCACAGCUGGUGAAGGGAGAACAGAACGCAGAUGUCUUUAAAUUGUGGGCAGAGAUGGAAGGUGGAAAAGGUCCACGAAUUGUACAUGCAGGGAGUAUUGGGGAGUUAGAGACUAUGGCAUCUUUGGAGUAUAUUAAGAAAGAACCAGAGGAGGGACUGGAACAGCUCUGGGAAACUCAGUGGCAGGAGUUCCUGAGGACACUGCAGACCUCUGGCUCAGAAUGGGCAAACCCACCAACAUCCAAGGAGCCCAUGCUGUGGGUUGACCCCAAGGCUUUUCUAGUCUCCUUUGAGCAAGUGGCCUCAGCGUGUCGGUGGCCUCAGGACAAGUGGGUGGCCCUCCUCCUGCCAGCCCUCAAUGGAGAGGCCAGGCAGGCCUUCAGAAGCCUCAGUGACCGAGACAGGGGAGACUUCGGGAAGGUGAAGGCCGCCAUCUUGCAAGGGGAGGCCCUCAUGAGGGAGAGGCAGCGCCAGCACUUCCGGCAGUUCUGCUACCAAGAAGUGGAGGGUCCGAGAGCAGUUUAUGGUAGACUCCGGGAACUUUGCUGCCAGUGGCUAAAAGCAGAGAGUCACACGAAAGACGAGAUUCUGGAGCUGCUGAUCCUGGAGCAGUUCCUGACUGUCUUGCCUCAGGAAAUGCAGGGCUGGGUCAAAGGAUGUGGACCUGCAACUUGCACCCAGGCUGUGGUCUUGGCAGAAGAUUUCCUGCAGAAAGAGGCCAUGAGACUUAAAGAGGGGGUGCUGGAGUCUUCGCUGGAAGUUGCCGUGAGUUCGUUGGAGGCAGGCGAGGUUCCACUGCCAGAUACUUGUGACUGUAGCCCAGAGACUAAGCAGGAAUGGGAAGAUAAAAAAUUGCCCGAGAAAGCAGUUAUAGGAUCAGUCUCUUCUACUGACUUAGCGAGAGACUGGACGAUUCUGAGCCAGGGGAUGGUGGAUUUGAGAACCAGAGAGGAGGAGAAAAUGGCUGAAGAGGAAGGGUCUAUGGCAUCCCCAAGCCUGGAAACGAAAAAGCAGAACCACCCAGGUUUCAAAGUGCAGGAGGUGACAGGAAGAAGCCCUCAGGUGCUGGGGACUCGGAAGAAGGUGGCUGUGAAUUCCUCCGAGGUGAACCAAGUGCCGUCUGACUCUUGGAAUGGGGAAUUCAUCAGGGCAGCCAAGAGGGAGCAGGAGGAAGAUGUGGGUUCUGUUGGUGAUGGGCAAGUUCAUGAGAAGAAGAAGGUAGACCUUCCUGAGGAAUGUGCUGAGCGAGUGAAAACAAAGAGUAGCAGCACUCUCCGGUAUUACCAGGAGGGAUCCAGGCUGGAGAAUCAACAAGCAUCGGAGCGCAAUAAAGGAAAUGAUCCACGGAAAAGUACAGAGGAAGCUGCUUUCUAUGCUUUGGAUAGGGAAGAAGCCCAGGAUCAGGACUGUGAGGAAUCAAAAAUUGACACAUGCACCAACGUCAAAAGAAGCUUCCAGCAUGGCUCAGACUGUCUUAAACGCCGAAUAAAGCAUAAAGGAAAGAAGGCGCAUAAGUGUUCUGAGUGUGGGAAAAACUUCAGCCUAAGAACCAACCUCCGGGUACAUGAAAGAACCCAUACGGGAGAGAAACCCUACAAGUGCUCUGACUGUGGGAGAAGCUUCACACACAGCUCCAGCCUCAAGGUGCAUGAGAAAAUUCACUCAGGAGUCAAACCAUAUGUUUGCACAGUUUGUGGGAAGACCUACUAUCACAGCUCAAGCCUGACAACACAUGAGAGACUCCAUACAGGGGAGAAUGUCCACAGAUGCCCACACUGUGAGAAAGUUUUCACCCAUAGCUCAGUCUUCAUAAAACAUGUGAGAAUCCACACAGGAGAGAAACCUUUUAAAUGCUCAGACUGUGGGAAAAGUUUCUCUGAGAAGGGCACUCUUCUCACCCACGAGAAGACCCACACGGGAGAGAGACCCUUUCAGUGUCCCAACUGUGAGAGGAGCUUCAGUCGGAAAUGUGACCUCAUUGCACAUGAGAGAAUCCACACUGAGGAAGACCCCUAUAAGUGCUUGCGCUGUGGGAAAAGUUUCUCCCAGAAGUCCAACCUGGUGAUGCAUGAGAGGAUCCACACAGAUGAGAAUCCGUAUGCCUGCUCGCACUGUGGGAAACGCUUUCGUCGGAAGGGAAACCUGAUGUCCCACAUGCGAAUCCACACGGGAGAGAAACCCUACCAAUGUACAGACUGCGGGAAAAGAUUCUGUCAGAGAGGCAGCCUCACGUCGCAUGAGAAAACCCACUCAAGAGAGAAAAGGACCAUCUAAAAGAUCAAACUGGGGUGGGGUGAAACUACAGUUGUGUGAAUCAGAUAUAGUUUACAACUGUGCUGCAGGGAAUUGUGCGUACUUCAGAAGCGUUCCUUGAAGAGAAAAUCUGUCGGCAAGCUUCCCUGUAAGAGAACAUGCCCACUACUCCUAAUCUCUCAUCACAAAAUGUUGCCACAGGAGAGUCUUUGGGGCAUUCAUUUCCAGGGCAUGAGAGGGAGGGGACCAUAGUGAGACCAAAGAAGUAUUCCCAGAGCUUGGCAUGAACUGAGCUUGUGCUCUAGUAUGUGCCCCAGAAUCUGACAGGAUUCAUCUCCAAAGAAGCAGAUACUGAAUAGGGCUUAAGGACAGCUGUUAUGAGGACAUCAAAUGAGCCCUGCUAGACAGAACCAAAAGUUCAACAUUCAUAUGUACAUAUACUAGUUUAACAAAAUCUAUACCAACUGUAUAUUGCAAAUGUUUCUUUAUCCUGUUGUACCAUCCUGUUGUUACAUUACUGUGUAUUUCUAAUAUUCAAUAAACAUAAAACAUAAUAUUCAAUAAACAAUAAACAUAAAACAUUUUUUUUAAA